CCUCCUCCUCCUCUUCCUCCCCCUCCGCCUGCCCUUGCUGCGGAUUCGGCUCCGGCUCCGGCGGGGCCGUGGGGAGCCCCGGGACCCCCCCACUGCGCCCGGGUGGGUACGGCCCGCUGCCCCCAUGCCCGCAGCCUCCCAGAAACUGCAGCGACGUGGCUUUCGAUGCGUCGCAGAGCGCUUGCAGCCAGAGAGGGGCUGCUCAGCCCGACAAAGCCUGUCUAGCUGAUGGUCCCCCGGAUAAUGCCACCGUCCUGCUGCAGAGCCGGCGAAGCCAUGUCCAAGAAGGACGAUGACGCCAAAAAGCCGGCAUCGGAGACGGCGACGGACCAGCGCUGGAAACUACAGGUCUUCUACCUCUGCUUCUACGGCUUCAUGACACAGAUCCGGCCUGGGGAGAGCUUCAUCACCCCGUAUCUCCUGGGGGCCGACAAGAACUUCACGCAGACAGAGGUGACCAACGUGAUCACACCGGUGCUGACCUACUCCUACAUGGCCGUGCUGGUGCCUAUCUUCCUGCUGACGGACUACCUGCGCUACAAGCCGGUGCUGGUGCUGCAGAGCCUGAGCCACAUCUCCAUCUGGCUGCUGCUGGUGCUGGGGACCUCCGUCCUGGCCAUGCAGCUGAUGGAGUUCUUCUACGGCGUCACCAUGGCUGCCCGCAUCGCCUACUCCUCCUACAUCUUUUCGCUCGUCGCCCCGUCCCGCUACCAGCGUAUGGCCAGCUACUCCCGCUCCGCCGUCCUCCUGGGCGUCUUCACCAGCUCGGUGCUGGGCCAGCUCUGCGUCACCUUGGGCGGCGUCUCCUUCCUCACCCUCAACUACAUCUCGUUGGGCUUUGUCAGCUUCGGCCUCAUCCUCACCCUCUUCCUCGAGCGGCCCCGGCGCAGCCUCUUCUUCAACCGGCCGGGGGGGGCUGGCGACGGGGCUGCGCCCGCCGAGCUGGACAAGAUGGCCGGGGGGGACGGCGGUGGGGGGCCGGGGGGCUGGCGGGAGGCGGCGCUGUGCCGUAUGCUGCGGGAGGUGGGAGCGUUGGCCAGGCAACCCCAGCUCCGGCUCUGGUCCUUGUGGUGGGUCUUCAACUCGGCCGGUUACUACCUGAUGCUGUACUACGUGCAGAUCCUCUGGAAUGAGAUCUACCCCGCCAUGGACAACCGCCGGGUGUACAACGGAGGGGUGGACGCUGCUUCCACACUGCUGGGGGCUGGUGCCUCCUUUGCCGCCGGCUACAUGAAGAUCCGCUGGACGCUGUGGUCGGAGCUGGUGAUCGGGGUGGUGACGGCUUUCCAGGCGGGACUGCUCCUGCUCAUGAACACCACCAGCAACAUCUGGCUGUGCUACGCUGCCUACGUCCUCUUCCGUGGCUCCCACCAGUUCCUGGUGCCCAUCGCCAUUUUCCAGAUCGCUACCUCCCUCUCCAAAGAGCUUUGCGCACUGGUCUUCGGGGUCAACACCUUCUUCGCCACCGUGCUGAAGACCAUCAUCACCAUCAUUGUGGCUGACAAGAGGGGCUUGGGCUUGUCUGUGCAUCCCCAGUUUUACGUGUAUUUCGGGUACUUCACGCUGCUGGCAGUGGUCUACCUGCUGGCGGCCGUCGGCGUGGGCAUCCGGCACAGCCGCCAGAAGCAGCUGGCGGAGCUGGCCCUGGCCAAGGAGCCAUGCCAGCUUCCCGCCGAGGCGCCGGCACAGGAGAAGAGCCCGGAGGCAGGCACCGUGCGAGCCUGAGCGCCGCCGCGGCCAGGUGUUUGUCUCCCGUCCCGCCGGCGGUCCUCGGCGCCGGCCCAUUGAGGACGUAUCACUUGGUACCCAUUUUCUGCUCCGUGGGGGGCAGGGGCUGUGCCCCCCCACCCCAGACGCACCCAGAGCAGGGGCAGGAUGCCCACGGCUGCCACCGCCACGUGCCACGCAGGGGUACGGAUGGGGUCCGGGCGGCCUCCCGGCCACCAGGUCCCCAUCAUCGCACGGAGCCAGGCUACAAGAGGAUAACGUUUCUUUAUUCAGUGCCUUUAGAAAAUGGUUUUAUAGGACACAACCGACAAAAAAAAAAAAAAUAUAAAGAUCCACAGGCUUUAAAUUGCAUUAAUUACACAAAAUACAGUAGACUGUAAGAAAUAGAGACCGUGUGACUCGCACAACUUUUAUGGUAAUAAUUUCCAUACAAUAAUAAAAAGCUAGUUACAGAUUUA